AGGUUGUUGUUGCUUAGGAAACCGAUAGCGAUAAGUUUUAUUUCCCUUACCUGUCUGUAGUGCCCCAGCAGAACAACUUUCCCAUGAUGGACCUACCCACCUGUAUCAAGAACGACCCUCCACCAUCAAAUAUGUAUCUGCGAAAAGAGAAGAAUCACUGUAGUUUUACCGGCCGAUAGGUAUGGUUCUUCCCAGCACAAUUUUAUCUUUCAACAUCCUUGGACCCCUCCCAGUUUGCUACUUACCUUCACCCCAAUAAUUUUGCGUGAUCGUGACUAGACAUGGAUUUAUUUGCUACUCCCCGCCUCUCUCAUUCCGUCGCAUGGCGGGGUUGUUAGUCUGGAGCAAACCGGCGAGCAACUCAGCGUACCACGGAAGUGCUACGGUCGUUCCCAGCAGGAUGCGUUGCGGUCGAUCGCUCCUCGUUGCGGUUUGCUUGGGUGUCUUCGUGCCAGCCGUCGUCGUACGGACAGCUGAAGUUCUUGCACAGGCAUCCUCGUCGACUCAGCGUAGCACCGCGACAACGCGUGCGCGCAGGCGACUGACGAGACGGGAUCAUCAUGCGCCAGUGUUUCAAUCGCUGCGCGGCACGUUCCUCGAUAAGAGAAGGCGUAAAGUAAAUCGGUUUCUGCGAAGAGCGGCCGUGGUAGACGAUAAGUAUAACAGGAUCGAGCUACUAGGCGCAUCGAAUGAUGAUGAUCGAAUAAAGAGCACAAGUGAGGCGGAGCUCGCGGCCGCUGCGGCGCCAGGAGCACCGGCGGGGCAGGGCUCUUCCAAGACGUCCGCAGUGUUAACCACCCUGCCGCCCUUCUCCAUGGAGACCAAGUUGGCGAGGGAGGCAAUGAUCCAGGACUUUCUGCGCAAGGAAUUCGCCCCCGAGGCGACCUUCAAGCCGGAAGUGGUCACGCGGGCCGAGCCUGGUUCGUACCCCAUCAACUAUUGCAGCGCGCUGCCGCUGCUCGCAGAGAACACCGCGGCUUCAUCCGCUGUGGACAACGCGAAGAACGGUUCCGCCGUGGCGACGCCGUCGGCUUUCGGACAACAACUGUGCAGCUGCGGGGGCUACGUUGUGAGUACCACCACUAGUUCCCUCGGAAACAAGGAGAACAACGGCACAGCCGCGUCUCACACGAUGAUCACUUUGAACCUAGCGCAGGAGUGGGGCGGGGCGACGGAAGAUCAUGAUGUUGACCUGUAUUCUCCGUCGGAAGAAAAGACUCAUUCGCUGGUGCGACUGAAAAACAGUAUCCGGCCACGGAACUUGGGGAAUCCCUUGACCGACAGUGUGCAACUGCAGUACUGCUGCGCGAGCCGCUACAUUGUGUUCGCGGUCAAAAGCAGUCAGGGCGUCCCUGGUGUCUCCCCGGCAACCCGCUGGUCCUACAUUGAUGUCGAGGACUAUCGGCGCCGCGAAAUCGACGGGGAGCCUCGAGCCUGCACGGUAUGCGACAAAUUGCAAAUGCGGACGGCUUCCUUUUCCCACACGGGGUAUUUCCGCCGGGAGCCGUAUUUGGCAAUCCCGGAGGCGGCGAAGGCAAACUCCAAUGGGCGCAAUGAUGUCGCUUUAACGGCGUUUCGCUACGCCCUGCGAGCGGACCGAGCCUUGUUGGAGGAGAUGUCGAAACGCUUCUCCGAAACGGGAAAUGGGAACGCAACUACCCCCACGACACCGGCAGCGGCAAGUCAGACGGUCACCAACGCCUGUUUGCGUCAAGUGAGACGUGGCCAGUGGCGCCUGCGUGCCUACAAGGUGGCCACGGAGGACGGGUUGAAGGAUUUUGUGUGGGAUAGUCCAAACGUCGAAAGCGGUCGAGACCCGCUACGGGAAGGUGACAACGUCGUUGAGCCCAGAAGACAUCUUCCGCUCGGCUGGAGCGCCUGGAAGCGGACGGUGGUAGAAUCCGGGGAGCAGGAAGAUCCGCUUUGUGAACUCGGUCCGCUUCCGCAGGAGGUAAUAACCAGCAUCAAUAGCACUAACCAGAGUCAACAGUUCUUCUCGCAAGAAUCGUCUGGUGCUUUUUUGCAGGAGCGCGACGAGAGUAACAUAACUGCAGGGGGCGUGCCGCCGGGGGCAGAGAAAAAUUCGUCGAAUGCUACCAAUGAGACGUCGGCCACGACCUUUGCUCCGGGACUAGUCAAAGAUACUAUCGGCGGGUCGGGCGAAAAUAAAACUCCCACCAUGCAUCCGGGACUGGCUUUCGACAUGACUGGUACAACAACUGCCCCUCCAGGAGCGAGCGAAGGUACAACAACUGCCCCUCCAGAGGUCACGCCCGCUGCCCUUCCAGUGGAGGAGCAGGUUAUUCCAGACGAAAAGCUAGAAGGGCUGGCCCUCACUUGCUUGAGCUCGCAGCACGUGGAAUUGUCUCCAGGACGGAGUGACAGCUGUUUUCAGACAGCCAUGGGCUAUGCUUUCCCCCCGGCAGUGUUGGCAGAAGUGCCGCACGUGAUGCUGCAGCGUGUUCCGCCCGUUCAGUGCGAAAGCUGGUGUUACAGGCUUGGCAGAGAGAAUUGCGCCGCUUUUCAAGCCAUGCGGAUCGAGCCGCUCCGAGGAACACCAGUUUGGGCGUGCACACUCCUGAAGCAGAAGCCAGAGGUCCAGCCGACCACACUGGCGGUUGGUCCGCAAGUUUUUGAAGUGCUGGACAGUGAGGCGUCCGACCAGGAUAAAGUACAGCAAGCCGACCUGUUGCAGCGGAAUCCGACCGCUCUCAUCGGGGUGCGGUGUCGCGAUCCGUCCAUACAGAAACUCGAUCCGCAAACCGGCGAGAAGUUGGGGACGAUUACGGGGCUGAUGCCUCGCGGUUACGCGGUCUCUGCGGCAGCAGACGCCUACUCUCUGAAACCCGUAGACGGGCCCGUUUGUAGCCUGAAAAGUGUAAAAGAGUUCCGGGGACCAACACGCGAGAGCUGCCUGGAGUUGUGCACCGCGAAUCAUGCCUGCCGGGGCAUCGCGUUUCGCCAAGGAGUCAAGAGCGUGGCGUCCGAAGCGGCACCAGAACGGCUGGCCGAUUCUCUUUGUGUCCUGUUACAUUCCGACACGGAAGUGCUGUUGGACGUGGAAGCGGCGGCACAGAUUCAGGCGGACGGGAGCUUCUGUCUGACGAUCGGGCCUGAGAUGGCCGCGCUUGGCGGCGGGGUUUGGCUAAAGGGUCAUCGCGAGGCCUGUGGGGUAAAGGAAAACAGUGAGGUUCCUAUGGACAUAUCUUCUGCGCAGGCUGGCAUCGGCGGAAUCGCUCGCACCUCUUCGGCGUUGUCCGGUUACCUGCCCACCGUGGGCUUGCCCAUCGGGCCCAUGGAACUGACCGACGCGAAUGCCCCCGUUUUAAACCGGCAGUGGUUACACAAUGAGUUUGCAAUCCGCGUGCGGGCCUCGCGCGUUGUUGUCGACGCGGUUCGCGGGGAGCCCGUCAACGAGGACUCGGACGAACUCGUACAGGUCGACCCUGGCGCGGCCUGCGCGAACGAGUGCAGGGCCAGGAGCUGCUCCUUCUACAUGCUUCGCGCGCUUCCCGGGGAGCUGCGGACGGACCGCAGUUCCUUCCGCUUCCAAGAAAGCGGCAGGCUGCGGCGGCAGUCCAGUGACGAGAAAACGGGGUCCUCGUCCACCGCCGACGGGACGACCGGGGCGAGUGGCUCUUCGUUUCUGGACGUACAGCGUGGACGAGAGCCACAGUCCCCGCAACUGGCCGAGCUAAUGGAACAACUCAAGAGCAGCACGGCCGCAUCGCUAGGCCUAGGACCCGAAGCCGCGGGCGAGAGUGAAGCGGUCUUGUCGACGCGCGAGAUGCAAAAGUGGCGCGAAGACUACGUCUACUGCAGCCUUUGGACGGACGAAGCGGACGUCAAGAAGUACGACGUAGAGCGGGUUCUCGGGGCUAUCUCUUUGCGCAUCUGGGCACCUUGGUUGCCAGACACCUCUCUAUGCUUGAACCCCGCUGUCACUCCCAUCGAACGGCGACCGCCACUGCUCGUGGAGUCCGCGUUGGCCAGAGCGCCGAUUCGCUUUGGGCAGCGUGGCCAGGUGCUGGAGGAAGGUGUAGAGGAGGCGUCCAUGGAUCCUUUAUUGUCGCUGCCGGUGCGACGUUUGUCUCCGCUUCAGAGGACGGGUGCGCGACCGUCCCCUCCGCCCCCGAGUGUGGGCGGCCGCGGUAUUUUAGGGAAAAACGCCACAACUGUAUUAUCGGGCCAAGCUGGAGGCGCUAGUCAGAAGUUGUCACGCCAGGACGAGGACAAUAUGAGGCUCAACAUGCAAGAAGAACCUAAGAUGCUGGCCGACCUUCGGAGGGAACAACAAGAAACACCCUUCCAGCCUGGCGCCUCGGCUUUGGAAGUGGCGGCGCGGCGGCGCAGCUCUCCGAGCUCCCAGGAUCUUCCCCGCGCGGUGCCACCCGGACAGCAAAAGUCGCUCGAUAUGCUGGCGGACUUUCGCGAGUAUCGGUGGUAUGCGGACUCCGUGUUGAAAAACAUCUGCUCUGCGGAGGCAGAUGCAACAUCGCCCUUGGCCAACGACUGGCGAUCGAAACUCGGAAUCCAGGUCGCUCUUCCUGGACCUGCGGUGCCGGAGUGGGAGCGAUCUCUUCGGGUUUUAGACCCCAAGUGCAACAGCUGGCUCGAGAAGGACGGGGCUAGUUCCGACGGGCGUUACGCGCCCUCCCAGUGCGUGGUGGGCCUUCCGGUGCCGAAGCCGGGCGACGCCGCACAACGGCCGGACUUCCCGCCCCUCAUUCCCGAGACGGAUUCUCGUGGGCGCGCGAAGGAACCGGGUUACGUUUCCUGCACCCCAGCCAAGGGGUACGACGCGGAGGACUACCGGCUCUGGUAUCCAACCGUGUUCCCCGCGGAGCAUGUUCCCCGGGAGAAGCAAUCCACGUACAACCACGACGAGGGCUUUGUGACGAAAGCGGUUUUUCCCCUAAUCGAACAAGCCAUCGAAUACCGGCCGGACGACUUUCCCGCCUUUUGGCAUUAUCACCGAGUAGCGGAGGGUUUCGCGGGAACGAAGCGUCCAAUCACUUGGCUCUUCGCACAGGAAAACGACGUUAACCCCGCCCGCAGACUCCUGGUCAUGCACAAGCGCUGGCAGCGGCCGUCCGGCGACGGCGGCCUUCCUUGGACGCCCGACCCUGCGUUGGGAGAUCCGCUGGAAGCCUCGCUGGGAAAGACGCGGGCUGAGUUGGUGCAGGACCUGGGAGCGAAACUGCAGACUCGGGAGCUGCAAGAGCCCGUUGAGGUCACGGACGCAAUGUUGCCGCGCCAGGUCCAGGACGGGGCCCUGUGGGAUUUGAUGGUCUUCGCGUACCCACUGGGUUUAUCGGAGGAUGACUUCUCUCCGGCCGCGGCCGAGAUGAGUCAGAGCAAAUACGUCGAUCACAUGGUCCAUGUGUACAGCAUGGAGGGACCCGUCAUUCUCAACCUGACGCAAGAACUCCUGGUCGACCCACUUCCUUAUGACGGCGGACCUGCUGUCGGCGGUUGGGGCAGCGCGUAUUAUGCUUUUUCGGACGACGACUGGGUCCGAAAGGAGGCGUACCGCAGUCUUGUCUUGGAGGUCCUUCCGCUGGUGUACGAAUUACCUUCGCUGCUGAGGUCGGUUGAGGAUAUUAGUUCUGGCGUUAGUACCUUUCGGACAACGCUGAUGAUGCAAGCAUCACGGAGGCCUCCACUUGGAGCAGGCCGCGGGGGGUCUUCACCAUCCGCGUCGGCGACCGAGGACGCUGCCGCCGCUGUUGCUGCUCCUGCUGCUGCAACCUCGGAGCAGUCAGUUCCAGUAACCAGGGACGAUGCAUUUCAGACCGCCGACGAGGAAGAUCCGGAAGGAGCUUUAGAUUUAUCUCUUUCAGUUUCUCGUGAGGACGCUGUUCUUGCCGGAGAAGCUCGUGUCCCCAAGAACAUUACCAGCAAGACGACAACCACUUCGAGUGUGGUCGUUCCAGAAAAAAUUAUUGUAGGCGGAGAGACUCUCGACGCAGGUGAGGUUUAUUUUGCUGAAAGCACGGCAGAAGACCUCCACUCGUCAACAGCAACACCAGUCUUCGAUUCGCAGGACGUUCAAGACCAGCACCCUCCAUCGGGCCCGAGCGCGGCGGACGCCGGGUCGCCGCGUUUUUCCGCUUCGAUUCAACAUGUGGUGACUACCACUAGUGCAACUACUGCUGCUCCACCCGUUGACUCCAGGUGGUUCGAUGAGACGACAGAGGCGUACGCGGUGGAAUACGAAAAGCUGCAACUGUACUACCUCCGGCUGUUGGAGGCGCGCAACGAGAAUAUCCGGCGGUUCGCGGCGGCGGAAGGCUUCCGGGGCGGGCAGCUAACGCCAAUCCGGGCCCAGCUCGUCCAGGUGAUCGACGCGGACCGGGCCAUGGUGCAGGUGCCGCUGGCAAAAAACGCGCAGUUCGACGUGAUGCCGGCGAUCAAGGUGAUUGUUCCGCUUUCGUGGCUCGAGGACGCGCGCAAGGAGAGCUCGGCCACGCUCAACGUCUGGAUGUGGCUGCUCGUGGUGCCCGCGAUCACCAUGAUCUCGGUGUCCCUGGGCUUCAUCUUCCUGUGUCCCUCCGUACUGCAGGAUUCCGACCUGCAACACCGGCACCUGCAAAUGGCGCAACAGCUGGAAAUGCGGGAUCGGGGCGGGACGACCGCGGCGGGCGUCGGGGGCCCCGUAAGUGUCAAUCGGAGCAUAAUUGUGCUGCGGGAAAGCAGUCGUGAGGGAGCGGGUCUGGAUAAUUCCAGGGCGCACGAGAGCACCCGCGGUGGCGCGGGCUCACGAGUACAGAAGGGGAGCAAGACAAGCGCGGAGAGGGAUUCUGACGCGCGCAGAACGUCCUUGGUCAGGGGUCCAACCGGCGUAGAAGACCUGACUGCAAGAAGCGCAGCCGUUAGAACAACUACUGUGCAAGGGCGUCCUUCUUUACGGACGGAAGAAAAUAACGCGGGGAUCGUUGCGACGUCAAGUGGUGAUCUGGGGAAACAACUUGUCAAUACAGAGACCACGGCGGAGCCACGUGCAGCAAAGGCUAGGGCGUCCGUAUUUUCGGACAUAUUGAAUGGAAGGCACGACGAGCAAAUAUCCGAUGAGGAAAAAGCUAGGCGAAGAGACAAGGCAAAGUUAGACAAAUAUUCCGCUGCAAAACAGCGGGAAAGCGAUUUGUAGAAUCAGUUUUUCUCAUUGGAUAUUCUUUCUUGAAUAAUUUUUUUCUUCUUUCUUUGGCGGAGAACUUUCGCCUAUACCAUGUUUUUUUACCAUUAUUUCAAUCGUGUAUGAUUUUGAACCAGAAAAUUAACAUUGGAACUACAGUUACCCCUUCUUGUAGCUUCAUCGGCAUGAUGGGGACCGUGUUGCAGGAGAAGUCAGAUUAACUGCUACGACUUAUGAAU